UUCACGUGAAUGAUAUUUUAAACUGUUUCAAAGUUGUGUUUAAAACUUGCAGGAAUCAUGGCAUUCAGUAAAGUUGAUUGGAAUACUCCUGCACCAUUUUGGCAAAAUGGACCUGCACCUGGUGCAUUUUAUAACUUUCCUGGAUGUUCUACUUCGUCCAAUAAUGGAGGAUUUCAAAGAUCACAAGCUCCGAUGACAACUGGUACAUCUGUGGUUGGAAUUCAAUUUAAAGAUGGUAUUCUUAUAGCAGCAGAUGUUCUUGGAUCAUAUGGAUCAUUAGCUCGAUUCAGAAAUUUAGAACGUGUGAUGAAAGUGAAUGAUAAUAUUAUUCUUGGUGCUGGAGGAGAUUAUGCUGAUUAUCAGUAUCUCAAAAGAAGUAUAGAAAGAAAAAUACUUGAAGAACAGUGUUUGGAUGAUGGUUUAUCUUUAAAACCCAAAUCUCUACAUUGCUGGUUAACUCGAGUAAUGUAUAAUAGAAGGUCAAAUUUUGAUCCAUUUUGGAAUAAUUUUGUUAUUGGUGGUAUUGAAGGAGACCAGUUAUUUUUAGGUACUGUGGAUAAACUUGGUACAGCUUACAGUGAUCCAGUAAUUGCAACUGGAUAUGGAGCAUAUAUGGCAACACCUAUUCUCAGAAAGGCAUAUGAAGAAAAUAAAAACAUGAGUAAAGAAGAAGCAAUAGAGCUCCUAUACAAAGUGAUGCAAGUACUUUUUUACAGAGAUGCUCGAUCUUUCCCAAAAUAUCAACUUGGUAUAAUUACAAAAGAUGGUAAUAUUGAAAUACAAGGACCAAUAACUCUAGAUAGUUACUGGGAUCCUGCUAUUAUGUAAAGACAAAUAUAAUCAAUUUUUUUCUUAAUAAAAAUAUUUACAAUAUAAA